AUGUGGCUGCGUCGUGCGCUCCCCCAGGCACAGUUGCCAACUACGGGUACCCAUAUCUACUACCAGGUUGUGAAGGUCUUUACAGAGGCGAGCGUUGCCCACAGGAUGGAAAUACAAUGCAUACUUCAGUCCAGGACGCUGUCCAGCCUCCUACAAGACCUCGGCUUUGAAUGCAAAGGCCAAAAUUACUGCGUAAAAUCAUUCAAUGCAAUCUCCACGAUGACAUACGUGGAUGCAACACUUUCCACACCGCGCAACGUUUACGGUUCACGGCAUCGCCCAUCCAGACUCGGUUCAAGACUGCUCAGUCGACAGCCUGUGCCGACUGACUCGCGGAGUCUUCCGCGCCGGUUCCUGUAUACGCGUGAGAAGAUCGGUAUUGGGAUUGGGGUUCCCGUUGCUGUUGCGCUUUUGAUGAUUGGAGGCCGAUAG